AAUUUGCAUUUGUUCCAGUUUCACACCAGUAGGGAGAUCUUUCUUCACACCUCCCAAAAAUCAGAUAAUUAGUCUAGGAAAUGGACUAGAAUUGUGGUAUGGAUUCUACCAAAGUUCUGCUUUGGGGUGGAGGCCAUUUCUUAAUGUAGAUGUGGCACAUAAAGGUUUUCCAGAACCAAAACCUCUUCUUGAUAUAAUGUUGGAUAUGAUGAAGAAGCACAAGUCAAACUUCCGAGAUCCGGACCCUGACUAUAAUGUGCUGAAGACAAAUGGGAUAUCUGGGCCCGCACUUGAUGAUUUCAGAAAAUUCAUCAAAGGUCUUAAAGUGGAUUAUAUGAUUCCUAAUCAACCCAACACCCGUAAAGUGUAUAAGAUGAAUGACAUCAGGCAAUCGGCUAUUCAACAUAGGUUUACGCUAGAUGAUAAAACCAAUAUAAGUAUUGGUGAAUAUUUCGAACGACAUAAAAACUACCGUUUGCAGUUUCCAAAAUUGCCAUGUAUUCACGUUGGAAGUACAAGCAGAGAUGUUUGUUUGCCUCCCGAGUUCUGCACAAUAGUUAGAGGCCAAGUGGUGAAUAAAAAACUUGAUGAGACACAAACUGCAGCCAUGGUCAGAGCGGCAGCUAGACCGGCUGAUGAACGGAAAAGAAGAAUAAUGCAACAUGUAAGUAUUAGCAUGAAUAAUUAUGUCACUUUGCACAUUAAAAAACAUAGACAUGAUACUUUUAAUGUAAUAGCAAUUACAGUUUCAUAAUUUGAUUUGGUAAAC